UUUAAGAAAUGGGUUCCUCCACGUGUUGCGUCUAUAGUCUAUACCACAUGUGCAUCCCGACCUCGGCAGCUUCUAUUAGCCAAUCACACCGCCACGAGUUUGAUUCAUCACUUUAAAACUGGUAGAUGUAGAAAUACGUCUUAAUCCAAAGCAAUCAUUCAUAUCUCCGAUUCAACGUCUUUGUACACAUGAGUUUGACAUCGAUCACCAUUUAGUUCUUCAAUCAAGGAAGAAGAAGAAGCUGAGGGAAUCAUGGCGUGGCCGAUCAUAUUUGUCUUUCCGCCACCAGCUUCUGUGUUCGUCAUAGCCAUGUCAGUCAUCAGCUUCACUGGGUUAGCUUAUUCCGGAUUCUCGGAGGUGAGAGGAAACCAUCUGCAGUAUUCCAAGUUCUGGAAGAUUACCAAUAAACCCGCUUCUCAGAAAUCAAAGCAAAUUUACCUAUCUGGUAGAAGAGGCAUGCAGUUCAUUUAUGCUCCUGCGUUUCUUGCUGGGCUCACAUCUCUGGUGUUCUUUCCCCAUAACGAUGAUAUCAGAUAUCUAUUGCUCUCCUCAGCUCUCACCCUUCAUUUCCUCAAACGACUUUUGGAGGUUCAAUUUGUUCACAAGUACAGUAGUGGGAUGGCGCUUGAUUCUGCGAUUCCUAUCGUUCUCAGUUACUUCAUGGCUACUGUCACUGCAAUUUACACGCAGCACCUUACUAUAACCCAAGGGCUACCAGAGCCACCAAUUGAUUUGAAGUACCCUGGAAUUGUGUUGUUUCUACUUGGGAUAACUGGUAAUUUCUACCAUCAUUACCUUCUUUCCCAACUGAGAUCAUCAUCCUCUUCGUCUCCGUCAAGCUCACAAAGCAAUAACGAUGAGGAUUAUAAGAUUCCAAAGGGUGGAUUGUUUGAGCUAGUGAUAUGCCCUCACUAUCUAUUUGAAAUCAUAGCAUUUGUAGGGUUCUCUUUUAUUUCUCAGACCUUGUAUGCGUUUGCUUUCUUGGCCGGAACAGUAUUCUAUUUGACUGGUAGGAGCUAUGCUACUAGGAGGUGGUAUCUUUCUAAGUUUAAGAAUUUUCCCCAAAAUGUCAAGGCUCUCAUUCCAUAUGUUUAUUAGAUAUAUGUAUGUUUGUAUCAGACUAUAAAUUAUGGUGUUAAAGAUUUCAGAAUUAAUCAUGUUUAAUAAGUAUUGCACAUUGAGA